AUGGCUUAUGCAGCUACUCCAUCAUCCUCAGCCGUAAAUGGCGAGGCCGCAGGAGGUUUAAAACUUGCUGCCUCACGCCCCAGGCCUCCCAAGCUACACCACGCUUUCACUUCAGUACCAUCCGCACCUCCCUCUCUAGGCCCAACCUAUACAUCCUCAUUUACGUCUACCCCAAUCUCCGACCGGCCUUCUUGUUAUCCAUCAAAUGAUUCAAGUCCCUCGGGCACCCCGUUCAUAACCGCCGCCGAUUCCCUUCGAGGACGGAUUACUUCCAACCCCCCUGUUUCUUCUCCCCCGCUGGAGCUUGGGGAUAGUGCCAUGGCCGUUCCUGCAGCAAUACCUGCCUCGUAUCCUGGGGAUUCGGGCAUUCAAAACCCAAACAAAGGCCCGGGGUUGAUGCGCAGAAUCUCCCGGGGCGCUGCCAACAAAUUAACACGACGAAGGCAAUCAACCUCACAAAACGACAAACGUGACCGAAGUUCCGGGCCUGUGAUCAUGCGCAGGCGCAGCGAUAGUAAGACUGGAACGCAAAAUGCCCGAAAUAGUGCCUUUGAUUCCAGCAAUGAGGACGACAGCAACGAUGCCCUUGAAUCGCUGGGUAAUUGGAGCGUUUCAGAGCCAUCCAGUCUACCAAGUGACAGUGUCACAGUGAUCCCUCAAAGUUCAGGUACCGUUGCGCCCACAGUGGACUCCGCCAUUCAGCGCGGCACUAUUCUCACCAAAGUGACCCGAAAGAGGAGAAAACAAGUGCGCUUUCUGCUCGACCUUGACGCUGGUAAAGUAUAUUGGGAUCCCUCAAAUCCAGCAAAGAAAUUCUACAUCGAUGAUAUCAAGGAGAUUCGGGUCGGUGCGGACGCUCGGAACUAUCGCGAAGAACACCAGGUUUCUCAGGACGCAGAGAGCCGAUGGUUCACCAUCAUAAUUGCGGACCCUCAGCGAUCCAAGGGUCGCCCAGUCAAAACACUUCACCUUAUUGCUCCGAAUGACCACAUUCUAGAGCUCUGGACCAAGACUCUCGAGUACAUCUCACGAUACAGGAUAGGGCUUAUGACUGGCCUGUCUGCUUCUAGUCAAAAUGAAGCGGCCCUAAAAGCCCACUGGCAGCGUGAAAUGGCGAGGUUGUUCCCAAGGGGGUUGAAAGUUGGCGAUACGGAGACUUUGGAUUUUGCAGCGGUUGAGAGUGUUUGUCACAGUUUGCACAUCAACUGCUCCCAGAACAUGUUGCGCGCCCAUUUUCUCAAAGCUGACACUGGCAAUAAAGGGAAGCUCAAUUUUGAUGAGUUCAAGGACUUUGUCACGAGGCUCAAAGAGCGAAGAGAUGUGCGAGAGAUUUUCAAGGGUGUUGCUUCCAACUUUCAUGAGGGCUUCACAAAAGAGGAGUUCUUGGCCUUCCUCCGUGAUGUGCAAAAGGAGGACGUGGACUCGGACCCUGCUUACUGGACCUCUGUCUUUGACAAAAUCGUCCGCAAGUCCAAGUCGCGAACCCCGAGCUUCCCGGAAUGUCCCGUUGAAGAUCAAUCUCCUCGAAUGAACAUUGAUGCCUUCUCUUCCUUCCUUGCAUCCCCUCGCAAUGGCGUAUAUGCCUCCCGCCCACCACAAUCGAGGUUCGACCGGCCGCUGAACGAAUAUUUUGUGUCAAGCUCGCACAACACUUAUCUUCUGGGUCGGCAAGUUGCUGGCGCCUCUAGCACCGAAGCAUACAUUAGCGCCCUUACACAGGGGUGCCGUUGUAUCGAGAUAGACUGCUGGGAUGGUGCAGAUGGCAGACCUAUUGUGUCUCAUGGACGAACAAUGACAACCAGUGUUCUGUUUGCCGACUGCAUCACUGUUAUCAAUCGGUACGCCUUUUUCUCGAGUGAGUUCCCUCUGAUUAUAUCUCUGGAAGUCCACUGCAACCCGGAGCAGCAACUUGCUAUGGUGAAAAUCAUGAAAGACACCUUCGGAGAACAGUUGGUCUUGGAACCACUCCUCACAAACUCCUUUAUCCUUCCAUCUCCCGAAGACCUCAAGGGUCGUAUCCUCAUCAAGGUCAAGACGUGCGAUGAAACCCAGAGCAAUGCUCGGCAGGAUUCGUCAAGCUCAUUUCUUUCUACUGGUCGGAAACGCAGUUCAAGCUCUCCCUUCAUGCGUCCUUCACUAGUCGAUGGCCCCGCUCUCCCAGCCCUCCCUCCGCUCUCCAGUCCACCCACGGUGGGCGCAGACGGGGCCGGUCCGUUUUUGACGCCUGAAAUGAGGUCUUUUACUACUACCAGUAUCAGCAGCGCUACGGAAGACAGUGAUGGGGCUCUUGUGUCCGCCAAGAAGGAGAGAAAGAAGCGUCAAAGGAGCAAAAUCACCAAACCCUUGUCGGAUUUGGGAGUCUAUACUCGCGGCUACAAAUGGCAUAGCUUCCUCUCCGCUGAGAGCCAGAUGUUCAACCACAUAUAUUCCUUUGCAGAGCGUUCCUUUGAAAGUAUCUGUCGUGAACCCAACAACAAGGCGCUUUUCGAAAGACACAACAGAAAAUACUUCACUCGUGUCUACCCCUCGGGCUUCCGUUUACGGUCAUCCAACUUUGAUCCACUAAAGUUCUGGCGGCGUGGUGUCCAAAUGGCCGCGCUCAACUGGCAAACCUAUGAUACCGGCAUGCAAAUGAACCAGGCCAUGUUUGCUGCCGGGAGCGAUCGCACUGGCUACGUCCUCAAACCACAGUCUCUCCGUGUCGCUCCAUCAGAACAAGAUACGAGGAUUACGGAGAGAAAACUUGUCCGUUUUUCGGUGGACGUUAUCUCUGCUCAGCAGCUCCCUCGUCCCCGAAACAUGGCGCCAGAAGGCAACAUCAACCCUUACGUUGAGAUUGAAAUGUUCAGUGCCGAUGAUCGCGGACAGAGCUUUGUUUUUGGUGAAGGUGGGAUGAACACCUCCGCCCGAAACGGCAUGUCUGGCCUGGGUUACCCGCAUCGUCGGCGCACGAAGAUUGAGCAGAGGAACGGAUACAGCCCGGUCUUCAAUGAAAGUUUCCGCCUGUCGCUGGAGACGAAGUAUCCGGACUUGGUGUUUGUUCGUUGGACUGUUUGGAGCUCGACGGACGGCCGAAGCACGGGAACCAAUGGCAGUGUCCAAUUGGCUACAUUCACAGCCAAACUGAGCAGUCUCUCUCAAGGGUACCGAUACCUGCCUUUAUACGAUGGUAGUGGUGAUCUGUAUAUCUUUUCGACUUUGUUCUGCAAGAUCAACAAAGAAGAUCCCAUUUCUGUCCGCAGGCUCAAUGCCGACGAGCUCAGAGCUGAGCGGCUGGGAAUACUUCGCCAGAUCGGCCAGACGGUGUUCAAGCGCACCUCGUCAACCGAGAGAGAGAGAAAUGACCAGUCAGACAGGGGAACUGAAACACCUCUGACCUCGGAAGACAAAGAGACGUCCCCAGUUUUGACGCCAACGGUCUCAACCACGUCAACUUCGUCGCUACAAUGUUGA